GCAACCCUCAGAGUUUUGCUCCAAGACACCAGUUGUGUGAAGCUGAGAGGGUCAGACAACGCCAAAAUCUCACUCUCGACGAUUCAAGACAGGUUUGAGUCGCGUCAUAGCUGCAUUGGAGACGGAAUCACAGUCGCGUGUGCACGACCCGCACGCGCGAGGCAUUGCACCAACAGACUUCCUCUCUUGCGCAAACGCUCAGGAGAAGCAAGAGGGUAGAGGCUGUCUCAGAAAGAGGGGCGAAAGAGUGUUUGCACACACACGAGAUGUUGCGGACUUCCAAAAAGGCCAGAAAGCAGGCGGCCUUGUUUCAUUCGCGCGCCUCGAUCGGCGUUGCGCUCCCGGGCGCCCCUCAAACGUCCUCUGUCGGACGACCUCAACAGCCGUUUCUCCCGCGUCCCAGAGUUUCGGUGACUUCCGAGAGCUCCGAGAAUCAACUCGAAGGUAGUCCGUUGGGCGCUCAAGAAAAAGACGACGACGAGAUGGAGGAGCUUGAAGGGGCGCAUAUUGCAAGGGUGCAACUAUCUUCCUACGCAACUUCCACACAGCAACAUAAUGAAGUGCACCCACAGCUACAGGAUCGCCAGCGACCCCAGCAGCUCGGACUGGAACGAUCGCGCGAGGGUCUUGCUCUUCCGGAGGAGCGGGCAUAUAUUUCCACGUCUGCCUCUGCGUCCGUCUCGGCAUCGACAACAAAUGGCGAAGGGGAAGAUUUCUGCUUUGAUCUCGAUGACCGCGCCGCUUCUGGCUCAGAACCCACUGAUCUGUCCAUUACUGAGGUCUCGCCGACGCCUCCCUCCCGUCAAGAAAGAAAAGUUCACUCGCUCGAUCGAGAAGGGAGUUUAGAGGCCAGUCUCGCCUCUCGCGAGACGCGACAAGGGAACGGGUAUAUCAUAGAAAAAAGGCUUGACACCGACGAGCGCAUCAAAAAGACCUUCGGCGAGGAGCAAGGCGAGACCCUGGAAAGAGAUUGGGGUCACGAUCAUGAUGGGGCGGGAAUGUAUCCAGACAAGGACUCGAGCAUGUCGUCUCCCGUGGCGCCCCCUGACGAUGUCGACGUAUUGGGAAAAGAUGGCGUUCUGUCCAACCUUGGCGUUGACGAUGUGCCGAACAUCAUCGACUCCGUCAACAAAGCUGACGAUCUACCCGGUCGACAAAUGAUUGUCGACGUGUCCUCAAAAUCAUCCUCUCCGUUAUCUUCUCCAACCUCGGAAAGCCGAGCCAAUGAAUUGUCUGACGAGCUUCAGAACGAUGCCGAUGACGAGGACGAUAUUAACGGUACUGGGGCCGACGCCGAAGUCCAUUCUGACUCUUCAUCGCUACCUACCCUUACCCCCAGCCCUUCGCCAAGGCGAUUAGCCAAUGUCGUCGAGAAUGCCGAAGGUGAUAAUCGCGAGGAGCUUUACGCAAGUGACGAAACCGAAGGCGAUGCAACCGCGACAGCUGUAGUCCUACCCAAGCGUACGACCUCGAAGACGUUUCGAAGCCCAAAGCAAGUUGUCUCGGAGCCGCUGGCGAGCGGAAGGGCUAAACGCCAGCUCACAAAAUCGUCGAAAGCCAUCGAGGCUGAGGAAAUGCGUUGGCUAAGCCCCAAGCGACGGAAGAUGGCGCCGCAGCAAGUACAUGAACAAGACCCUCGAUCUACGUCCGUCGAAAAGCAAGAAUACAGCCGCCCUCGCUCGGCGAAAUUGCAGCGAUCAUCAAAGCUCUCCGAAGUUCGCAGUGACUUGGAGCAUAAAGAAGCGCAGUCGGCAACAGAAUUACCGCCUGUCCCAGUCAAGAGGGGCAGAGGCCGACCUCGGAAGCACCCUUUGCCUACCGUGCUUCCAGGUGCUUCAACUUCGGGAAGCCAAAAUGCACCCUCGGCAUUGCUCACAAUGAAGAAUUCUUCAGCUCAGAAAAGCCUUGCUGGUUCGAACCGCGGUGCCAAACGUCUUAUUCCUCCUUCAAGAUCAAGGCACGAGAUCAGUACCAACGCCUUUUAUAGACGGAGACGUGGGGAGCUGCCCAAUUCACCCCUCGGCACGAGCUUCAAGAGCUCCGUACCAACAGCCACAGGUCCUCGCUCCAAUAUAAAGACUCAACGCCGCUCGGCAAGUCUGUCUCUUCUGCGAAAAGCCACCCUGCGUCGAAGUGAUCGCGAAAUCGACACUGAGACUGUGAACCCUGAUGAAACCGAGGAAGCUACUGCCUCUGACGAGGAGUCCAUAAUCGUGGAGGCUCCUAAAAGGCGUGGACGGCCCCCCUCAAGCGGUACAAAGGCUCAGUAGGACUGUUUUAAACAAGAACGCCGCCACGAUAUCGAAGAGGCGCAGGAAGGAGACUGCAAUGCCCUUUCCUAUCUACCAUGGGGUCACGGUUUUGACCGAGCAUCGGAACUUCCGCCUUACCUACGACGUUUUCACGAAGGGCAUGGACCUUCGAGAGAAAAAGCAGAGCGUCAAGAAGCCACCAGCUUACUCGCACAU